UGUCUUCACUUCUCUUUGGGGGAAUGCCCUAAACAAUUAUUAACUGGACUGAAAGACUUCACUCUGUUUUGUCUCUGUGAUUUCAUUGCUGACACCAUGUGUGGGAGAUAUCUUGGAUUUGUUCUCCUGGUUUGGAUUCCACAAGUGCUGAAUGCACUAAGUGCAGUUCAGUCCUGUGCUGUUCCCAUUCUGAAUGGAGGUUAUUUCGUCCGUGAACUCUCAGAUAACCCUACUGAAACAAAGCUCACUUACGCCUGUGAUAACGGACGUAAACCAGCAGUGGAGGGCUGGUGGGCGACAAGCAUAUGUCAAAAUGACAAAUGGUCUCCUGCACUACAAUGCAUAGAGGAAAAAGCCUGUGUGCCACUGACCAUCCCAAAUGGAAACUACGAUGCAAGCACAGAUGGUUGGUAUCAGGAUACAGACAAAAUCAGGGUAAGAUGUGACAAAGGAUAUGAACACAAAAACAAUAAGGCCACAGCGCAGUGUAUAAACGGAACAUGGUCCUCUGUGCCAAUCUGUGAAAGGAGUGCCGACUCAUGUGGUGAUCCCCCUAAAAUCCCCCAUGCAGUCAUCAUUGGUAAUGGAUACCAGGAGGUGUCUGCUGAAAGCUCACAACUGCAGUAUAAGUGUGAAGAUGGAUAUGCUGCAGAGGGAGCAGUCUCCAAAACAAUCUCUUGCAUCUCAGGAAACUGGACUGAAGGCCCAACAUGCAGUGGGGGACACACUACUGUGAGGAAACCUGUCUCCGAAGGUGGGGGACACACUACUGUGAGGAAACCUGUCUCCGAAGUCGAGACCUGUGGAACUCCCCCCCUGGUUGCUAAUGGUGACGUUGUGAACAACAAUAAAAGGUAUUUGCAGUACCAAUGCGCUGCUCAAUACCAACUAGUGGGUCCGAAGAUGGUGGGAUGUUACAGCGAUGGCACGUGGUCCGAAGCACCCACCUGCAAAGCCACCUACUGUUCUGUGGACACUGAUGAACUUUCUCACAUAAAAUCUGUUGGAGUCAGAACUAUAAAUGAUGGUGAAGAAGAGAAUUUGGAAUGUUCCAGUUCUGUUUUCUAUUUUUCUGAAGCCCAGUGCACUCGUGGGAAAGUUACGUUUUCUGAAUGUGUGGGGAACACUAUGACGAAACCUGUCUCCCGAGUCGAGAUCUGUGGAACUCCCCCCGUGGUUGCUGACGGUGACGUUGUGAAAAAAACUGGAAUGAGUUUGCGGUACCAAUGCGCUGCUCAAUACGAACUAGUGGGUCCGAAGAUGGUGGGAUGUUACAGCGAUGGCACGUGGUCCAAAGCACCCACCUGCAAAGCCACCUACUGUUCUGUGGACACUUAUGAACUUGAUCACGUAAAAUCUGUUGGAGUCAGACUUAUAAAUGAUGGUGAAGAAGAGAAUUUUGAAUGUUCCAGACAUGGCAGGUUUUUUGAUCAUUUUUCUGAAGCCCAGUGCACUCGUGGGAAAGUUACGUUUUCUGAAUGUUGCAAUUGGGCUAAAUUACAUACGGUUUUCUGCAAAGAUCUAUUGCUAGUUGGAAUGUAAUGCUGCCGUUGGAUUGGCUCUCUACACACUGAGACAUCCUGGAAACUUUUGAGGGUUAAGAUUGUGAGACACUUUGUGUUUUCUAGAAUACGCCUCACUACUCAUCGUGUGUAUUUCAUUUAGAGGUCUCAAUAAAGUAUAAAACUCUUAGAAGCCUUUUAAA